AUGGGGAAAGACUUUCCAUACAUGGACGAGAAUGGGAGCAUCAGCAAAACAAAUAUCCUACGAGAGAAGCGUAUCCGUACUCCAACACAAAUCUACGCAUCUACGAAGCUUGUGACCGCUUUUGAAGGAACGAAAGAUAAGAAAGCACAGAAGAAAUUAGAUACGUUUAAAAAAAGGCAGAAGGCGAAUGCCAAACGCGGCAAGAAAUCGAAAGCGUGUUUCAAAUGGCUGGGCAAACCGGUUAGCACACGUUACGAUGAAGAACAUGAUGAUAGAAUUACGCGAUACAAAACAUUCGAGUUCGACGAUACGAUAUACAGAAAGGGGACAAGCGUCCACCUACGGAAUGCAAGGAAACCAACGAUGCCCCAUGUGGGUCUGAUCCUGGACUGCUUUGAAGCGGAAACAGACGGUCUGCAAUACGUGCGUGUGCAAUGGUUUCUGCGUGACAACGAGUUGCCUAAGAGUCUGCGUGCGAUGGUUAAAAAAAAGCAGACGGUCGAGACGGCACUGAUUAUCGAUGCGACGCGAAACGUCGCUGAUAUGUUGGCGGAAGAACUGGUCGAGGCUGUGAUGGUAUGUCCAGCCUGGGAGCACAAACCGCCACAGCCCAGGAUAGCGGAAGUUGCAGAUAGUAUAGAAAGCGAUGGCUCUUCACCUGUUUGCAAAACCCCGGCUAGGAACGUGCGUGCGGAACGCAGCGUUGAAGAGGAUGAGGACGAUGUACCGAAAUACUAUGUACAGUUCACGUACGAUGCUGAUAACAAGUCUGUUGCGGAGCUGACCCGCGAUACGUAUGCCAGUUGGAAGCUGGAGGUGUUUAAACAUGCCGAAGUAAAAGAAGCAGAAAGUGGCGCGGAGGACGAUGCCGCAGACGACGAAGACUAUAAGGUGACGGCAGAUGAAUCAGACGACAGCGGUUCCGAAGGCGAAGUAGAGUCUGAUGGCCAAUCCCUUGCGCAAGAGGACGACGAAGACUCAGAUGAAGACAAGCCCAUUUGCAGCAAAAGAAAACGGGUGACCACGAGGAGGAAACGAACUAGGAAACGCAAGGCACCUCGGCCUCGAGCCAAGCCGAAGACACCAGGAGUGUCGAAGACUAAAAAGCAAAAGAUCAUGGAGGGCCUCGCGAAGACUAUAAACGACAGAGCUAAUCGACGAGAUAAUACCAGCACCAUAGCCGGGGCUGAAGAAGACGUGUAUGAGAAAGCCAGGCGCAUGCUGCACGUGUCUGCGGUGCCCGACAACCUUCCUUGCCGUGAGAAUGAAUUUGCUGAGAUCUACGGCUUUGCUGAGGGCCAUAUCACCGGGCGAGAGAGCGGGUCGAUGUAUAUCUCUGGCGUUCCCGGAACGGGGAAGACAGCCACAGUGCACGAGGUUAUGCGACAGCUCAAAAGCAGCGCCGAUGAAGGUGAUCUGCCAGAAUUCAAAUUCGUUGAGAUCAAUGGCAUGCAGCUCACAGACAUCAUGCAGGCGUACACACAGAUCUGGAAGGGGCUUACGGAUGAUAAGGUUACUCCCAAACAGGCACUGGACAACCUCAAGAGGUACUUCACCACACCAUCGCCCCGAAAAGAGUGCAUAGUACUACUGGUGGACGAGCUAGAUCAGCUGAUAUCCACUCAACACAGCGUCAUGUACGAAAUAUUCAGGUGA